AGUUGUGUCGGGUGAGGAUCACUGUAUAUCAGCUUAUUAUUAUUCUCAGGAAACUCAUCCUCUGAACUGGUUUGUGGAUAAAAAGAAAUAAACUGGACUGUCAAAACUGACAAUGGCUUUCAUUCAUAAAGGUUUUAUAAAAGCACAGACUCUCAUCUCUGUUAAUCAGUAUGUCUUAAGACUUAUCUUGGCCAUUUCAACUGUUACACCGGUGACGACUGCAACUGCUAAUUUCUCUGACCCCUGCUACAACUACAUUGUGCUGGACAAUCCAUGGAGAUCCAUCAGUAAUUCAUAUAACACCACGUGUGACACCUCUGUCUCCUGGAGCGGCUGGUAUCGUCUCUUCAUUAACGGCCUGAGCGCUCAUAUCCCAGACACGUGUGUUACUCGGCAGAGAUGUGGCACUGAUUACUCACUGUGGAUACGUGGUGGACACCCAACAGUUGAGGAUGGAGUCGUCACUCGAGAUGUCUGCGGUUAUGCAGGCAGUUACUGCUGCUAUUAUGGAUCUUAUCCCAUUAAAGUCAAAGCCUGUCCAGGCAAUUAUUAUGUCUAUGAGCUGGUUAGUCCAACUCUCUGCAAUUCAGCAUACUGUGCAGACACUGGUAACGUUACCAGUACAGCUGUCACACCAGUGACCAUCUCACCUGACCCCUGCUACAACUACACUGUGCUGGACAAUCCAUGGAGAUCCAUCAAUAAUACAAAUAACACCAUGUGUGACCAGCCUGUCUCCUGGAGCGGCUGGUAUCGUCUCUUCAUUAACGGCCUGAGCGCUCAUGUCGCAGACACGUGUGUUGCUCAGCAGAGAUGUGGCACUUAUUACUCACUGUGGAUACGUGGUGGACACCCAACAGUUAAGGAUGGAGUCGUCACUCGAGAUGUCUGUGGUUAUGCAGGCAGUUUCUGCUGCUUUUACGGGUCUUUUCCCAUUAAAGUCAAAGCCUGUCCAGGCAAUUAUUAUGUCUAUGAGCUGGUUAGACCAGCUUUCUGCAAUUCAGCAUACUGUGCAGAUGUUACUGACAUCAGUGCAGCCUUUACAACAGUCACACCAGAGACGACAUCAGCUGGUAUAAAUAUAACACUGCAGGAAGGAUGCACCAGUCCGAACUGUUUCGAAAAUCUACUUGAGCAGAUCGAGAACAUUACAUCAUCUCAAGUGCUCUCUGUCACUACUGUGACAAACAUUUUGACUAUGGCCUUCAACGCUUCAGAGAAGAUUUUAGACUCGUCAUCAUCAUCAGUCAGCCCAACUGAACUCGCCUCCCAUGGAAACCGUGUGUUAAAAACCAGUGAGAAACUCAUCUCUACAUUGGUGAAGCCGACAGACACAAGUGACAAUGUCAGUUUGGCUCUUGCUGCUGUUGAGGUUGAAGUCUUCAUGGUUGGACCAAGUGUCACCUUAACUAAAAUCCCUCGACUUGACACGACAAACUCUUCUGUGGACAUUGAUCUCAUUGGGAUUGCCAAGAACAAUAAAGGAUCAGCUGCUGUGGCUUUCAUGGGUUACAACACAAUGGAGAAUCUACUGAAGCCUGACUUCUUCAACACAUCAAAUGAUACGGUUAAAACCAUGAUGUCCACUGUGAUCUCAGCUACUCUUCCCAAAACCAACAACACUAAACUUACCAAACCAGUCAACUUCACCCUCAAACACAUCAGAGAGUUUGACCCCAACGGUUCUCUGUCUUGUGUGUACUGGAAUAUCAGCGAAUGGAUUGUAGAUGGUUGUUCUGUUUUAGAGACCAACAGCAACUACACUGUGUGUUCCUGUGUUCAUCUGUCGACAUUCGCUCUCAUCAUGCAAACCAGCAGACCAGCAGAGAGCGACUCACAGCUGGAUCUGUUGAAUUUGGUGUGUGUGAUCGUGGGGCUGGUGUUCUUCAGUUUGGCCCUGUUGACCUUUGCCCUUUGUCAGUGGAGUCCUGGAGUGAAUAAUGUGGCUCGGAUCAACAUCUGCAUCAGUCUUCUGUUGGCUCACCUUCUGUUCCUGCUCACACAACAGUUCCUGGACCUCAUACGCCCUCAGCAGGUGUUGUGUGCCGCGAUAUCAGGUGUGCUGCACUUCCUCUUUCUCUCCGGCUUUGUGUGGAUGUUCAUUGAAGCUGUGCUGCUCUUCAUCUGCGUGAGGAACCUAUCACAGAUCAGCUCCAAAAAGAGGGAGGUGCUAAGCACUGGAUUCCUGUGUGUGAUUGGAUAUACGGUUGCUCUGGUUGUGGUGGCUGUGUCUGUCGGGCUGCUUCCUGAAGGCUACGGCAGCGAACACUGCUGGAUUAAAAUGGAUAAAGGUUUUAUCUGGAGUUUUCUGGGUCCUGUUUGUGUCAUACUAGCAUUGAACAUGAUUCUCUUCAUCAACAUCAUCAUCAAACUGAACUCAACUCUCAAAAAUCUGAACGCUGAAGUUUCACAGAUGAAACAGACCAAGAUUAUGACAUUUAAAACACUGGCUCAGUUUGUGGUUCUUGGUUGCUCCUGGAUUCUGGGUUUCUUCACUAAUGGCAGGAAGGAGCUGGAGAUCCUCUUCCUGAUCUUGAACUCCCAGCAGGGAACCUUCAUCUUCCUGGUCUAUUGUGUCCUCAAUAAUGAGGUCAGGCAGCAGUACAGGAAGUGCUUCAGAUGUCUUUGCUGUGGACGCAAACAACACUGAGGAUGAUGGCAGCAUCUUCAGGAAAUAAAAAGUCGGUUUCACACCGCAUGCGUCAGCAGAGCGUAAGCAGCUCAUAUUGUUUUUGGCUUCCAUGUUAACAGAUGAGAGCAUUCACACUGCACGGAGAGGCCGCGUGACAGCGCGUAGCAGAAGCAGCAGUGCCACGAUCGUGUUGGCACUGGGUCUAUUUUUGCUGCACUGCUAACGGUCAGUUAAAGUGAAAGUACACCUUUGAUGGACAAAAUAAAUAUGACUUGAUACAAAAAGUGCUCAAAAUGCACAGAAUUUGAGUAUGAGAAUUGGAGUAUGUCAGGAAAGAAAAUGAAUAUUAAAAAAAUGUAUAGAAGAUUUACUCAUUUAAACUUGUUUUUAAUUAUUCAAAUGAAUGUAGCUCGAAACUGAUUUUUAAAAAUUGCAUUUAAUGUUUGGAAAAAUUUGGAUUUGGACUGACAGUCUGAAUGUAGCCUUAUACCUGUGUUUUGGUUGCCUUGUGUCUGUCGUUGUUUUAGCAUGUUUCGUAAAGCUGUUACGUUCUUGUUCCUUGCAUUUUGUUCCUGUUCCUGGUUUGGAUUUUUGAUGUGGAAUAUCUUUGUGUUUUUGGAAUCAAUGUUUUUCCAUUCUGAUUCUUGCUCCUCCUUUUCCCUGCUGCUUCGUAACAAAUGUUAUAUUUAAAUACACAGAAUCAAUGUUGUGGGUGUUAAUUGUAGUCUUAGCCCGUGUCUUUAAAUGGUAAAAAAAAAAUACCUUUUGCUAAAUACUAUUGAUGUAGAAUUUAUAAACUGUAUUUAAUCUUUUUUUGAAACCUACAAUAUUUUUUUUGUGGAGGGUGAAAAGCAUAUUUUUACAGACUGAGUUCACUGUUGAGCUCAGAAAGCUACUUUCUUCUUUAAGGAUCCUUUUUAUAUUUAAAUAUUGAUGUGGUCAAAUAUAUUUUCAGAAGGGAAUGUCACAGGUUUCGGUGUAGGGGAUUUACCUUUAUAACUAAACUAUUAAAAUAAGUAUAUGAACAGCUGAUAUCUUAUAAUGGCUUUUAUUCUAAUACAUGUUUUGUUACAAAGUUAUCUCUUAAUAAACAGUGUGAUGUAAUAAGUGGGUUUGUGUUUUUUCCACAUUCCACAAAAGACAAAAAAAAAGCUCUAUAUAAUAGACUGACUCUAAUUUGAGAAGAAUAUCCUAGUUUGAAAAAUAAAUUUAAAUCAAGCCAUUUUCUGCAACGCAUCUGUAUUUAAAAUUAAACAUAACUGUUAAAACUGAAAAAGAGAG